AUGGCACACCAGGGCGACCCAAACAUCUCGCUACCUUUUCCAGCAUCGCCAGUCGCGGACAACAAUGGAGCAGCGAUAGCAUCACGCGCACCCCUAGUCGACCCGACUAUUUACCCAGGCAACUCGCGCUCCAUCUCGUCAAUCGCAUUGCACGCUCUAGGCCUGGGAAUCACUCUCUCAGCCUGCACCAUCGCUACCAUCCAACUCGCUCUCUCCGGCUACCGCAUCUGGCGCCUCACAGAGUUCAUCGCAACACUGUCUCUGUUCCACUUUCUCGAGUUCUGGACUACCGCACGCUACAACACGGCCAAUGCGAAAGUUUCCUCCUACCUCCUCACUUCCAACGGAAGUGCCUACCUCAUCGCUCACCUCGCCGCCAUGAUCGAAAUCAUCGUUACUUCCUUCUACUUCCCCGGCCUGCAAGAUCGCUACAGCAAUGCAUACACAAUUGCCUUUGGGUUAGCAUUGGUGGUUAUGGGACAGGCCAUUCGCAGUAUUGCUAUGGCGCAGGCAGGCGUUAGUUUCAACCAUAUCCCUGCAAAGAGCAAGAAGAAUGACCAUGUCUUGGUUACUGAGGGCCUAUACUCUUACUUCCGCCAUCCCAGCUAUUUUGGCUAUUUCUUCUUUGCUGUAGGUACACAAGUCGUUGUAGCUAACAAGAUCUGCUGUGUGUCCUAUCUGAUCAUCUUGUGGUUCUUCUUCAAGGACAGGAUCAACCACGAAGAACAAGAUCUGGUCAAAUUCUUUGGUGAUGAUUAUCGUAGCUAUCGCCAGAGAGUUGGCACUGGCAUCCCUUUUAUCCCAUAG